UGCUCUGAGGGUUGCGUGUGUUUUGUGGUUUUGUUGUAGUAGUGUAUAUAACGCUAUUAAGUUUUACACCCCACCCACCUAAUUGCGUAAAAGAUUAGGACCCCUUCGCCGUUCUUUACCGGAUGCCAGAGAGGAAAGCGAAGGCUUCCGUACUAGGAAAAAUCGCUCGGGUUCAAAGCGAUCGGCCGUCCUAGCGCUCCGAAUGUUGCCUUGAUGCGGUUGCUGUAUAGAUGGAUAUCCUCCCUAGUUUUCGCCAAUUGUUUGCAGUUGUGGUUCUUUUUGGUGCAAUACAUGGGUCCUCCGAAUCCGAAGGUAAGGAGCUCGUGAUUACCGUCCCCUCUGGCAAAGUAGCGCGGCGAGUGGAUGACGACCUGAACCUAACCUGCAAAGUCGCCUCUGAUGAAAGGUUCCACAUAACGUGGGUCAUUCCACAGGAUAAGGUGCGCCAGGCGCAUCGUGUCAAGAUUGAGUCUGAGCAUUUCAACGAGAAGAGUGUGACCAUCUAUAAUCUGGAGGAACCCGACACCGGCUGGUACACAUGCGUCGCACGCCAUCACGAUUCCAACGUCAAUCGAGUGUUCAACAGAACGGUCUACGUCACAGUGUCAACUUACGCGUUGUCUGGGAGACGGCCCUGCUACAACCAGUCGUUCGUGUGUGGCAACGGCUACUGCAUUCCGAAACGAUAUGCCUGUGAUGGUCACGUCGACUGUCACGACAGUUCUGAUGAAGCCCCCAAGCACUGUGGUCCUGACCCUUGCGAGGACAAGGUGCUUUGUGAAGAUGGCCGCUGUCUGCCUCGCUCGCUGUGUUGUGACCCUGCUACGCAACCAGACUGCCGAGUUACUUAUGUGCUUCCCUGCUGCAAAAAGUACCUGGCCAGCAUAGCCAACACUACAGCCACGCUGGUGGGUGUGCUGGCGCGACCCCCACAUCAGCGGUUGGGUGCCAGUGUAGAGUACCUGCAGUCGUCAGUGUACACCGUGGUCAGUUGCGCGGUGGUCUUUAUCCUGGUUGCCACGGUCAUGGUAGCAGCCAUCUGCCGCAUACACAUGCGCCGUGCUGUCAUGGCGAGCCCCUUCCCUUUUGUCAGCGGCGACGCCGACCACCGUUGCCUUCCCUGGUGCAGGCCUCUGCAUCACCCAGUCACCUCAACGGGGAUGAGCUUUGGCGAAGGGGGCCCUGCGUCAUGCUCGCACCUCACUGGAGCCGACCUCCGGACAGUGACGUGCGCCCACGGCAGCUACGUUGUAGCCACGUACAGCAGCAGUGGUACGCCGGGUGGUCGGCCCAAGCUGCACUUUCUCCAGCAGCUCCCCAAGCCCCCCGAGUACUCGCCGCUCGCCCAGGGCCCACCGCCGCCCUACCAGAGCACCGAGCAGCUGGCCACGGCCGGCAACAAGGAGCCCUGUGCCGAAAUGCCAGAGAUGACUGCCGCCAACUCCUGUGGAGCCUUGGCGCCCGGCUCGUCUACCUCCCACCCGUGGCCGUGCCACUUGUGGCCGCGGGAUGAGUCGCCGCCACCGCGCUUCUCCUCCCUACAGGACCUGAGCGAAUGCGAAGCCCAAUGUCUGCUGCCCGCAUUUGAGGAAGCCGUGGCAUCCGACAACCGCUAUGACGCAGACACUGCUGGUUUCCACAGAGCACCUUUUCAUGACGACCUUGCAUUAGCCAGUGACCGGGAGGAGCCACAUUCAGGUUCCUCCCCCGACUGCACUCUGGCCGCUGGCGGCGGGAGCAGCAACGGGUUUCCGGAAGCAUCUGACAGCCUUGUCGUGUGUACACCGUUCCGCGAUGUAUCGUUUUCUCGCGGGCCAGCGUUUCCAACUAGAGUGGAGGAUUCGGCAAUUUCCACUUCCCAGGGGUCCUCUUCUGACAGUGCCAAUGGGCACAGCGCAUGUCAAGAAUUUGUCAAAGCUGAGCAGAGGGCAUCUACUUGAUGUCAAGCUUUCCGAAAGAAAGGUUGAUGAUUGUGGCUGGCCGUGGGUAUUGCUGCAACUUAUGUGAGCCCUUUGUUUUUAAGUUUUGAGUAUAGAGAGGCCCUGGGCUUGCUAGGAGGUCUUUUAUCGCUAUUUUUUAUCAGCAUCAAGGAAUUAUGCGUGCACGUGCUUUGCGGCAGACAAUUUGCCAUAAGCAUUGGGCGAACGUGAUUGUUUUUUUGCACACGAUAGAUGCACCAGCACUUAAUGCUUAGGACUUCAACAAGGUUAUUGCUGGAGUGGGCCUUUCUAUAUAAAAAAUGUGAGUGCUGAACUUAUGGAGGGCCUGUAAAGAUAUGUUCAUUUAGAGCAGCAAAACGAAUGUGAACUGGACAGAAUGAUUUGGUGGGCGCAAAAAUUGGAUCAUAGUGCUGCGUGGUUCUUAGGCUUCGAUGCUAAUCCCUGAUCAGGGAGAGAGGGUGAGGUAUGUUGGCUUGCUAUCAAUAAUACCACACUAGGUUGUGCCGUGCUUGUUUUGAAAGUUGUGUUGCCACGAAUACACAUGAGUUGUCUUUUCGAUUGAUACUGGGAAAUGUGCAAGCCAGAAUGUGUAACGGCUCUAUGUCAUGUCUUUAGACUAAGGAAACCAAUGUGUGGUUAUGCCCUGAGAUAGUCAACAUGGUACUUUGGUUGCAUUAAUAAGCUGGGUUCUGGAUGUAUCUAGUGAUCUGUAUAUGCAUCAAGUUUGCUGCUUCAUCAGUUAAUAAGUUCACCGAUUCGACGCACAGUCAGGUAACUGCGCGAGUUGUACUAUACGGAGAUUCUUUUAAGUAUUCUGGGGAAAUUCUUUUUUAGAGUGAUGAUUAUUGCUUGGAACUGAAAUUUUUUAGUAUUUUAACGAAGAUGCUUUUCUUCUGUUGGGUUGGUACGUUCGAGGCCCAUUUUUUCAGUAUUGAAGCCUAGAAGUGGUGAGAGCGACGGAAUGAACUUUUCUUCAAGGAUGACCUGGUCUGGCUUCAGCUGUUUUAGAAAAGCGCAUAAAAUGUGAAACACACCUUUGAACCGUAGUUAUACAAUGUUGUGACCUGAGCAGUUGAAACCUUUGACUGCAACUCUUUUCAACUUUUAAUAUUGUUUUGCUCUUUCUUUUCGGGCUACCCAUUAUAACUUGUUAGUGUCUUUAUAACUGGUUAGUGUGAUUGCUCCUACCAUGUGAAACCGUUUUCUUUUUUCCUUCCUGUAUUACAGUGCCAAUUUGGACAUUCCAAAUGUCUUUACGUAAAGCUUGAGCAACAUUUCUGUUUCUUGAUACUGCUGUGUGUGAUUUGCAGUUCUGUAUGAGCAUGGUUUUCUUUUUUUCAUUGACCCUUGUUCAGCCAUGUGAGUUUGAGAUUCAUAUGCUGGGGCGAUACCUAUUUAUGUCUUGUUUUAAUGUUAUGUGAAACCUGUUUAUUCUCUUGUAAGAUGUUACUUGUCACUUGAGAUGUGCAUUUAAUUGAGCCAUUAAGCUCACAGCAAUUUUACACUUUAACUGCUUAGUCUUUAAUGCAACAAAGGCUUACUGUAACCUAAACAGUGCAUCGAAUGGGAAAAAAAUAUUUUCAUGCUUAUAUCUUUAGAGCUCACAGAGGUUACUUACUCGCAUCGUCUCUGCAAUACGUGUGGUCUAACGCGUGAAAGAGAGAGCACACAAAGGAAAUCGGGAUAGUGGGGCGAGCCGUGUUAGCGCCACCUCUUGGUUUGAGAUUGACCUGCUGCCCAGGCGCAUAAUAUAUGUAAUUUUGGUGUUAAGCUUUAAAAAUGUUGUGCCAACAACAUUUUUCAAUACCAUGGUGCAGGAUAAGUAAUACAAUUCUGUAUCUGACCAUCAACUUUGUAAUGACAUGGCCCACCAAACGGCAACGUGUAGCUUAAAUCCUCGGACAUUUGUUUCUUUUACCCUGGUAUAACCCAGUACCAUGGCUGUGUUCAAUGUGAUUACAGUUGAAUUGGGAAAACCAUGUCUGUCAGCAAUGAGCUUGUUACUGUAUAUAUAUUUAGUUUGGUAUGUAAUGCAACUACCGUACUGGAGCUCUAGACAAAAACUGCAGAUUGCUUUUAAAGCUUAUUCUGGCAUUGAGGUGUUCAUGCCCCCUUGGGUGCUCGUUCCAGAGCACCAUUGUGCUGUUUAGUUUUUUAAGCCACAGCCGAUGAGGCAAGGCCAGUUUCUUGGUAACCGUUCUUGAGUAACGCCGUUAAAAUGAGUUGGGAUUCUGGAACCACAUUGUCUGUGAAAAAUCCCAGGCUAUUUGCUGUGGCUGGACGUAGCAUUUCAUUUGCCAACUCUCAACUCGGCUGAGGGAGGUAAUGCUUUUUGUGUGACGUGUCUGUAUUUUCACAUCAAAGUGGACUCAUCGUGCUGCAACAUAUCAGCUAGUGUACAAAACCCACAGGUACAGUAGACUCUCAGUAAACAGAACCUGAAGGGACCGGGAAAAUAUGUUACGUUUAACAGGAGUUCCGUGGUCUGAGAGGUGAACAUGGGUGUAGAAUACAAGCCCGAAACCAAGUGUUGCAGAGGCAAUAGUUCCGUUUAAGCAUUACUUCCAUUUAUCAGAUUUCCGUUUACUGAGAGUCUACUGCAGUGAAAAGUCUCACAGAGAGGUUCAGAACAGGACACAAGAAAUAUGAAAUAGCAGUUCUGUCUGCAGCCACCAAUCGAGACUAUCACUUUCCCUGAAUCCGAUUGAUUAACCAACACAAUCUAAACGAAGGGAACUUUUCGUUGUUUCUGUUAAAAACACUGUCGCACCACGAAUUUCUAGUGCAUUGUUGGCAUAGUCAGCGAAAGUAUCUGGGCUCUAUGAAUGUGUUGAAUGCUUCAUCAAAAACAUGAAAGGAUUUGAUUGAGAGCCAACGACUUUAUGAAUCUGAGGCUAAUGCACAAGGCAGCGACGACACGCGGGGCAGGGGUGUUUGUGAGACACCUCACAGCCACUCUUGGCUUUCUCUUGCUCACAUGUUUUUCACCAGGUAGCCUAAAAGCAGCAAUAUGUUUCUGCCAUGGGGAAAGAGGGAAUGCUUUGUGCCAAAAAAAAAAAAAAAAAAAAACUGCUGCCACAAGAGCGCUGCUUCUUUCUGUCCUCUGCCCGUCCAUUGCUUCUGAAAGUAUGUUCGGACAAUGGCACAGAAUGCGUGCUUUGCAGAUUGCAGCGCGUCUGCUGUGCAUAAAGGUUUCGAAGGAGGCUCUCCUCUCAGUGACUUGUUUGCUUUUUUGUUAAUUUGUGACCUCCUCUAAAGCUUCUUUGAGUAAGCACGCUCACGCCAAAAGAGCUCCUCUGAAACUGUUCAGAGAAAGGAGAAAGUGCUCAUUACGCUGGUAACAAACUGUGUGGUGCGGCCCUUGCAUAGUAAUGAUAUGGAAGCCACGAGUAGAGAGGCCAGCAUAGUUUAAUUUAGGAGUUUCAAUCACGAGGACAAGAUAACUUGCUUGAAAAAAAUGCAACUGCCUUCAAAGUAAGUGCACCACAAUUACAUCGCCAGAUGGUUUUCAUUAUUGUACACACCAUCCCUGUGCAAGUAUUAGUGGUGUACUCUUUACGAGUUUCAUUGCACUGAGUGCAGCACUGGAAACAUUGGUUCUAAUGCACAUGCAAGACCAUCUUAGAAAAGCAAGCUCUAGAGGAGGGCCUUCUCGAGCCUCUCCACUUUUUCUGGUUGUGCUUCAAAACAAGUUCAAAGUGAACAACAGUUCAUAACCUCCGAGUAGUAGCAGCGUGCGGCUCAUAUACUACAUGCUCCUUUUCCCUGUGAAGUAAAAUAGAAGAAAAGAGGAAGAGCUACGCUGCGUGUUUAUAUUUUACGAGCACACGCCAAUGGAACGUCAUUUGUGUCUCAGUUUCCUGGUUAUGGCUGCGCUACUACUGUCAACUAGCAGCCGCUGUUGGAUAAUGUGUGGCUGUUUGCUUGUGCAAGCGGGCAGUACGUGUGUUGUGCAACUCGAUGCAUUUGUGCGUAAUAUUCAAGGAGGCAUAUCCCUUUGUACUGGCAUAUCAAGGAUCGCCUUGUGUGUGUGUGUGUGUGUGUGUGUGCAUCUGUGUGUAUACGUUAUCACUGGCAAAAAGCUCAGACUGAAUUCCUGCCAAACAGCUUGCUUCUACUGGGGCUUGUGCUUCUUUGCUCUGCUUGGGAAUGCUGACGUUUCGCUGCGAGUUGCUUUUGCUCGGGCUGCUAAAGGACUGUAGAGAAACGCGGCAACUUGCUUCUACGACGCACCUGUUACUUGCUACGAUAUAUCCAUAAGCACUUGUUGUAGGUGCUUGUUCCACCUGCGUAAUGCACUUGCACACUGCACCGCGAUGUGCUCUUUCUUUUUCGGACAUAAUUGCCCCUUUCUUUUACGAGCAUCAUUUGAAAUUGGGAAUGGUGCUUUGAGCACGAGUUUAACUGUCACAGUUUUGCCAGCACUUGCACUGAAUAAUGUUAACUGCAUAGCUCCCCGCCCCUUCUAUCAUUUGUCUAUCUGUUACAAAAGAUUGCACUACAGAGAAAGAGAAAGCAAGGCAAUGGAAACUCUGAGUAUAGUUUGAGUUCUUAGACGAAAAGGCAUGGUGUUUACAACAGUGUAGGCAUGGGGCUUUUGAAGCAAAAUAAUCUUUAGUGCUUCCUGGCCUGUCUCAUUCUUCAAAGACCUCCACGUGAGAAUUUGACAUCGCUGCAUAUGCAGGAGGUAGAGUAAUUGGGUAUGGUUUAAAUAUAUUGCACAUAGCCCACAUGUGAACUAGUAAGCAUUCUUGCAGUUUGUGGUCCAAAACUAUUUAACGAAUAUCUGAGAAAUGUUCUCAUUGGUUCAUCUUGUCGAACACUUUUUCCUCGAAGACCAUGUGCAUUAGUAGAAAGCUGUGAUUGUGAUGACAUGGAAGGACAAUCUAAGCAGCGUGCAUGUACAAGGAACUAAGUUUUUUUGUUUUUAUCAGAAUUGCUUGAACCGACCGAAUGAUGUCAGUGGGGGACAAUGUUUCACAAAGGGGACUGAUUUUCACCCUUGCAAAGAUAAAUAUUUUAUCACUGUUAAUUGCUUCAAGUUUUUCUCCCUACGAAUGUCUGUCUCGAGUCCCAUCGUGACUAGUGACAGUUGGCCAGUUGCUCUACAGUCCUUUAAGGGAUACUGCGAAAUUAUUGUGAACGGCGCACUUGCAUUGUGAAACACUCGUUGAUUGCACAAUUUCUCUUUCAUUCUUUAUUCUUUGUCUCGUAUUGGAAAAAAUGGCCAAAGCCGAGGCCACAGUGCACUUUUGGUUGUGUGGUAGGUGGUUAAUAUCUUGAAAGGUCAUUGAAACCCUCAAGGCACCCGGCACUAUUGCAUUUUAGCUGCUUUGUAGGAGUAAACUGGGCUUUCGAGGUCCCAAGCUCAAAAUCUGCCAAAAAUAUUCCAGCACUGGAUUUUCAGACAGCACACUUAAGUUUGGGAAUAUGAGAAGUAUCAAUGGAAUGUCUGUAAAAAGGAAGACUGGCUGAUAUACAAAGCUGAUUUUAUUUGCCUGUGGUGAUGAUUUGUCAGUUAAUGAAGCUAGCUUAUUGGUCUUCUGGUUAACACUAAGCCAGAAUAAACAACCAUGACAACUUUUACGAAACAUAAAAAAGACAUCAUUUACUUGCUUUGGUCAUUCAUUUGGUGUUUUUACAUAAAGUGGCAUAAAACAGUGAGAUUCAAAUUUCGGGAUAUUCUGGAUAAUAACUUGUUACAGUUGGUAUUUGUUUUAAUGUGUAUGUGGCCAAAUCUGUUGAAAAGAGAUUACCCAAUGCACCUGACUUGCAGCUGUGGUCAGAUAAAAAAAAGCGCAGUGUUGCUUCUUAGUGCCUUGCUGCCGUUGCGAGCACAGUUUUUACCCCACUUACAAAUAGCGCAGCCUCCAAGCUUGGCAUUUGAGCACAGAUCCCUGUGACACGGGCUGCCACACAAUUAUGCAAUGUACAUGCACCCAACAGGAUGUACUUUUUCUCGAUUGCCAAUAUCGUAUUUUCUCUAUAUAUAAUGUUGUCGUUUCUGGCCGCCGCCCGUUUGUGCGAAAGUGCAACAACUAGUUGUGCGCGUGCGAGGACUUUUUCCGACGCCCCCCCUUCAGUGCCAAAGUGUUUUACCCUCGUUUUAGCUGUUCUCGGGAGUUGCACAAUAGCUCUUACUCACUGUAGGUUAGCAUAGUGUUGCUCUUGGCAUUUGCCACGCAAGCAUGCUGAUUGCUGCCAAGUUUUUAAUAACCGGGCAACAGCAUUGGCUGCUCAUCGCAAAGGUUGUCGCUCCUUGAAUGUGAAAACCAAGGACACUUGAGGAACGUUGUUAUGUUUAGCUGCACCCAGGGUGGAUGUAAUGAGGGUCUUGUUAUUUAAUUUUCUCUUUGAGCCUGCAUUUUCAGUGGUGAUUUCUCUUGAAAAGAUAUGUUGAAUUCCAAUGGCGGUGUUGGAGCAAGUUUUUUUGCUCUUUUUAGAGCAUGUGUGUUCCAGUGAAAAAGUCGAGGUAAAUUUAAAGUGGGAGUGACUCCGAGGAGUAGGAAAAGUUGCUCUGCCGAAAUCUGCGAAGUUGACCAAAAUUCAGCGUGACAGACUCCCUUUAACACAUUUGCCCGCUUGGUGCCGCGGCUGUCGCCGUAUUUUGCGACAGCCAAGGCAGAAAGCUCCAGUUGCUGCACGAGCAGUUGAUUGGAUCGUUUCCCCGACACUUAAACUACUACGUACGAGCGGGAAUUCAAGAGAAUUUGACAGUGGAAUGAGCGGAUUGGAGUACCUACACGCAAGGUAUUCUGGGCAACUCAAGGACUUCUGCUUCCUCCUUGCUUUUAGGCUUGCUCUGGUGGCACGGAUUGUGUUCCAAUCGCGGAUUGGGAGGGGUUGUUCUACGCCGAAGUCGAGUACUCGCCCAGAGAGUCCAUUGGCUGCUCCGACUCUGCCAUUGGAAUUCAACAAUAGUUUUCAGGGAAAACGCAAUGCUUCAACAGUGACAUGCAUUGUUCAGUAGUGCACAGCAGUGUCAGCACUGAAUCACAGCGUAAAUAUGGCGGGUCCGUACAGUAUUUUGGGCGAAAUGCGCUUUGUCACUAAGCAGUGAAAAGCAGCACCAUUUGUGCAUUUCUGAAAUGUGCAGUGCAUGUCUUUUCUUCAUAUCAGCAUGCGAGCAGAAAUUUGUGAGAAAAAUGUAGCACCUGAUACCUCCAUAUGUCAUGUAACUAAUUGUAAAAUAUUAUGGCAGUGAUGCAGGCAUGUGCAGGAAAAGGAACAAAAACGCAACUUUAUGUGGCUUGGUAGAAUGUUAAUGACAAAUUGUACAUUUACAUCGUCGGAUAUUUGGUCGCAAAAAUUAAGUGGCAGGAGUGUCAUCUUCCACCGUGGGUACGGAAUGUUUAGCGUUCAGUUGAUGAUUAUGUUUGAGUAUUUAAUUUGUAUAUGUCGGUCAUAAGCCAGACCAAAAUUACCUUGCUGCUUGGUAUGGGGCAACCACAGUGGCUCCACCACCUGUGGAAGGCUCACUUAUCAUUAUCAGUAGACAGUGUCCGUGACUGUAUUAGGCACACGAUUUAGGAUGCUCUAGAGUUAUUUUUCAUCUUGCCCUUCGUGCUGGGGCAGUUCACAGCAAAGAGUCUAUAGUUCCUUCUAGUGCCUCAGAGCCAAGCACCAAACGGUGCAGCCACUUUGCAGCGAUCGAGCCAUCCUGCUCUCCAAGUGCUCAAAAAAAACUGUCAUCAGUUCUUGUUCUUCCUGUCGUUUGUUCGUGCAUUGUCGUAGCAUAGUUUCAGCGUCUUCU